UGCACAUUUGAAACUCAGUUCUUGGAGUUAUGGCGAUUCUCCUUUUAAGAACUCUAUAUGAUAAAGACACUCCCUUUUCUCUUCAUUCACUCCCUUCGUUUUCCCCCCUCCUCUAAUCCCAUUACUGCAAAAUCUUUUCUUUCCCCUCUUCAUCUCUGCUGUUUUUAUAUAUAUGCUUAUAAAUAUUUUAAAUAUACAACAAAAAAUUCACAUCAGCCUUGCACAAAUAUAGCCAGACAAACACAACCCAAUGAAACUCUUUUCCUGAUAAAACCCACAAACCUCUCUUUCACUCCAAAACAAAAUCACAAAGCUCAGUCCUCUCUCGUGAAUCUAAAUACCCAUUUCGAAAAAAAGAAAAAUAUACAAUUCACGUUACCCGUAAUAACACUUUUUUUAAUCUUCCUUUGCUCUCCUCACGCAUGUUCUUCUCUUGUUUUCCCGUUGUUCAAUGAGUUGGGUUCUCGUAAAUCUUGUUUGGGGGGUGAAUGGGGUGUACACUGUCUCAAUUAGCUGCAAAGUUUGCGUUUUUUCCUCCUUCUCCACCGACGUAUCAGAUCAAGAAAAGUGACAACGGAAAGCUCACAGUGGUUUCUACUUCUUCAUCAUUGCCUAUUCAUGUUGCAGAUGACAACUCUUUGGAUGUCCUGUUGGUUGAUACCAAGCGUGGAAACAAGAUUGUAGCUUUUUAUCUUAAAAAUCCAUAUGCUCGUCUCACUCUGCUUUACUCCCAUGGCAAUGCUGCCGACUUGGGCCAGCUCUAUGAUCUCUUCGUGCAGCUCAAGGUCAAUCUCAGGGUUAAUCUAAUGGGAUAUGACUACUCUGGCUAUGGAGCCUCAACCGGCAAGCCCAGCGAGUUUGACACAUAUGCUGAUAUAGAGGCAGUUUACCAGUGUCUCCAGACUGAAUACGGAAUUAGCCAGGAAGACCUAAUUUUAUAUGGUCAAUCGGUUGGAAGUGGUCCAACACUGCAUUUGGCCUCCAAAUUACCCAGGCUGAGAGGGGUAGUUCUCCAUAGUGGCAUCCUUUCUGGUCUACGUGUGCUCUGCCACGUCAAUUUCUCAUUUUGCUUCGACAUAUAUACGAAUAUCAAUAAAAUCCAGCGGGUGAAAUGCCCUGUGCUUGUAAUACAUGGUACAGAGGAUGAUGUUGUGAACUGGUUACAUGGUAAUGGACUGUGGAAAAUGGCAAGGGAGCCCUAUGAACCAUUGUGGAUUAAAGGAGGGGGCCACUGCAAUCUUGAGCUUUACCCUGAUUACAUACGCCAUCUCUACCGGUUUAUUCAAGAAAUGGAGAACAUAACCACAGAAAUCCGCCUUAAAAAGAUUCGACAAAGUCUUGGUCUGCAUCAGAGAGUAGAUGCUACUUCUGCAAGUGCUAAAAGGUGCUGUAGGAUCAAAAUCUGGAGACCUAAAUUCUCAAGCUGUUGUUGGAAACCUAGCUGCACAAAAUGCCAUUGUCAGCCCAAAUGCCCAGGAUGUUGGAGACCGAGCUGCAUAAGAUGCUGUUGGAAGCCAAAAUGCCCCAAAUGUCCCAAGAUUGCCCGGCCAAGCUGCUGCUUUAACUGUUUGCAUUGGUGAUGUUGCGAAGGAAAGAAUGGUCAGAUAAACGAAAAGCCAGAUGGCUAACUGAGUAUAAUCAUAAUCUUGGAUACUUGUAUAUAGAUUGCUGAAAUUGCUAACAGCCCUCUAAUCUUGUGCAGUAGUGUACAAAAGAGGAGGUAGUCUGAUAAUCUUAAGAAAAACAACAGGAAUGAUGUUGGUAUAUUCAUAUUCCUACCUGGGACUUUGAUUUUAUUUGAACUGACAUUGGAAAAUUCUCGAUUUUCAGUAAUGAGAUUAAUGGGUCUAUAUAAACAAGCUUCUGUGCAGCUUAGGC